AUGGUCCUGCAAUAUUCGAACCAAGAGACCAGUGUCACUAUUGGAGAGAGCGUGAGAGAUGAAGAUGUAUUCAUUCUCCAAUCCACCCGUCCUAAUGAUAUCAAUGACGGGCUCAUGGAACUCCUCAUCAUGAUCAAUGCUUGCAAAACCGCCUCCGCAAGGCGCAUCACUGCCGUAAUUCCGAACUUCCCCUACGCCCGCCAAGACAAAAAAGACAAGAGCCGAGCUCCAAUCACCGCUAAGCUCAUGGCAAACAUGCUGCAGACAGCAGGCUGCAACCACGUCAUCACCAUGGACCUCCACGCCAGUCAGAUCCAAGGCUUCUUCAACGUUCCCGUGGACAAUCUCUACGCAGAGCCAAGUAUGCUGCGAUGGAUCCGUCAUAAUCUCGACGUUGCCAACUGCGUCAUCGUCUCUCCGGACGCCGGAGGCGCAAAGCGCGCCACCGCCAUUGCUGACCGUCUCGACCUCCAAUUCGCACUCAUCCACAAGGAGCGCGCACGCCCCAACGAGGUCUCCCGCAUGGUGCUUGUGGGCAAUGUCAAGGAUAAAAUCGCGAUCAUCGUCGACGACAUGGCUGAUACAUGUGGCACGCUCGUGAAAGCAGCCAGCACGAUCAUGGAGCACGGUGCCAAGGAGGUCGUUGCCAUUGUCACCCAUGGCAUUCUAAGCGGCAAGGCGAUUGAGACGCUCAAUAACAGUCAACUGACUCGCAUUGUGGUCACCAACACUGUUCCACAUCAGGAGAAGAAGGAACUGUGCGAUCGUUUGGAGACGAUUGAUAUUAGCCCGACGCUUGCGGAGGCGUGUAGGAGAACGCAUAAUGGCGAGUCUGUUAGCUUCUUGUUUUCGCAUGCCGUGGCUUAG